CAUAGAAAAUGUGGAUAUACAACCUGGUUAUCUCCCCUGUAGUCGCUAUCGCUUUGCAGACAACGACAAACCGAUUAUUGCUGAUCUUCGGGAUAACUUGGAAUAGGGUCAAACCUCACGAUGACUGCCGCUACAUGGCUGUUACAAUUAACGUGUAUGCUUACAAUUAGUUCAACACUAACGGAGAGUAUGGAGACGAAGACUAUACAGACUCCCUCGGGGAAGAUGAUGGGUCUAAAGGUCGAUAUAACAACAUUGAAUAGCUUCGUAUACCAGUUCCGCCGGAUUCCGUAUGCCAAACCCCCUAUAGGUGAUCUCCGAUUCGCCAAGCCGCAACCAAUGGCGCCAUGGACAGACACUCUCAACGCCACAUACUUCGGGCCGAACUGUAUGCAGACUAUCAUUAAUCCGGACGAUCCCUUACUCCCCAACAAAACAUUAUCUGAGGACUGUUUAGUGUUGAAUGUCUACGUGCCACCUAAUACGACUGAGAGUAGCAAGAAACCUGUGAUACUCUACAUCCAUGGCGGGAGUUAUAUAGCAGGCGCUGGAAUGCUUUACGACGGUUCCUGUCUUGCUAUAUACGGCGACCAGGUAGUGGUUACUAUUAACUACCGACUCGGUAUCUGGGGCUUCCUUACGACGGGUGACUCCAACUGUCCCGGAAACUUCGGACUGUGGGACCAACGACUAGCUAUGCAGUGGGCCAAGGCCAACAUUCAGGCAUUUGGUGGCGAUCCCGACCUUAUUACUAUCUUUGGGGAAUCUGCAGGCGGCUUUAGUGUUGCUAUUCAUUCUAUAUCGCCUAUCAACAAGGGCUUGUUCAAGAGGGCCAUGUCUCAUAGUGGCACAGCUAAUUCGUUUUUUGCCGUCGCGCAAAGUAAGUUAGCUAAAUUAGCACAAAUUGGAAUGGGCCUUUUUGUUAAGUGUUUUGAUGUAGAAAAUAGUGCCAAGUUUUUACAAUGCAUGCGAACAAAGAGCUCCCAGGAGUUGCUCGUGGUUUCUGUCAACGUUGCUAAUAUAACAUUUAAUGACAUACACCAUCUGCACUACGCACUGCCCCUGGCACCUGUUGUAGAUGGUGAAUUCAUCACAGAAAAUCCUGCAAAAAUCUUGAACGACCCUACUAGUCCAGGGAUGCAGUUUUUCCGAUCGCUUGAUUACGUAGACGGUGAUGUGAAUUCCGAAGGAUCUCUCCUUUUUCUGGAGCCGCUUUAUUCCUUUCAGAAACCAAAUCAUUUUAAUAUAUCGGAGGGAAUACCUUAUAGGAUAUUGUGUGAUGACGUCAUCGAAACCAUAGUGAAGGAGUUUUUCAAUAACAAUCGCACCCUUAGGUAUGUUGCUUGUUCCAGAUACAAGUCCGCGAGUGGGGAUGGUGUCGACCAAAGCCGACUUGCUGUUAACUUGUUUAGCGACAUCUUCUUCUUCACACCCGGCGUAUUGACACUGAACGCACAUGCUGGUGGCACCAGAAGUACUUACCAGUGGCUGUUUUCUCGAAAGAGCAAAUACGGUUUCGGUUUUCCAUAUCCCAAGUGGUUUACUGGAGCAGGUCACGCUGGAGAGUUAGCCUUCCUGUUCGGGAUAAUACGAGACCCGGACACGGGACCCUCAGACAAAAUCCUGGCGGAACAGAUGAUGUCUUACUGGUCCAACUUUGCAAGGACAGGGAACCCCAAUACAGGGUUAGCAGUGAAGGUCCAGUGGCCAGAAUAUAAUGUCCAAGAUGGCCGAUAUAUCAGUCUGAACGCGACAAUAAGUUCCGAGGAGGGACUAUACAAAGACAUAAUCGACUUUUGGGUAUCCGUGUUGCCGAAAGCGUACUACCCUCGUGUGACGUCACAGUCUGGAUUGGAGGAUACGAACACUUGUUUAUGUGGGGAAGGAAUAAGAUCAAACCUCACGAUGACCGGCGCUACGUGGCUGUUACAGCUAACAUGUAUACUUACAAUUGCUUCAACACUAACGGAGAGUAUGGAGACGAAAACCAUACAGACUCCCUCGGGGAAGAUGAUGGGUCUAAAGGUCGAUAUAACAACAUUGAAUAGCUUCGUAUACCAGUUCCGCCGGAUUCCGUAUGCCAAACCCCCUGUUGGGGAUCUCCGAUUCGCCAAGCCGCAACCAAUGGCGCCAUGGACAGACACUCUCAACGCCACAUACUUCGGACCAAACUGUAUGCAGACUAUCAUUAAUCCGGACGAUCCCUUACUACCCAAUAAAAUAUUAUCUGAGGACUGUUUGGUGCUGAAUGUGUACGUGCCACCUAAUACGACUGAGAGUAGCAAGAAACCUGUGAUGCUCUACAUCCAUGGCGGGAGCUAUGUGGAAGGCACUGGAAUGUUUUAUGACGGUUCCUAUCUUUCUAUUCACGGCGAUCAGCUAGUGGUUACCAUCAACUACCGACUCGGUAUCUGGGGCUUCCUUACGACGGGGGACUCCAACUGUCCCGGAAACUUCGGACUGUGGGACCAACGACUCGCUAUGCAGUGGGCCAAGGCCAACAUUCAGGCAUUUGGUGGCGAUCCCAACCUUAUAACUAUCUUUGGGGAAUCUGCAGGCGGAUUUAGUGUUGCUAUUCAUUCUAUAUCUCCUAUCAACAAGGGCUUGUUCAAGAGGGCCAUGUCUCAUAGUGGCACAGCUAAUUCGUUUUUUGCCGUCGCGCAAAGUAAAUUAGCAAAAUACUCACAAAUUGGAAUGGGCCUUUUUGUUAAAUGUUUUGAUGUAGAAAACAGUGCCAAGUUUUUACAAUGCAUGCGAACAAAAAGCUCCCAGGAGUUGCUCGAGGUCUCUGUCAAUGUUGCUAAUAUAACAUUUAGUGACAAACACCAUCUGCACUUCGCACUGCCCCUGGCACCUGUUGUAGAUGGUGAAUUCAUCACAGAAAAUCCUGCAAAAAUCUUAAACGACCCUUUAAGUCCAGGGAUGCAGUUUUUCCGAUCGCUUGAUUACGUAGACGGUGAUGUGAAUUCAGAAGGAUCUCUCCUUUUUCAGGAGCCGCUUUAUUCCUUUCAAAAACCAAAUCAUUUUAAUAUAUCGGAGGGAAUCCCUUACAGGAUAUUGUGUGAUGACGUCAUCGAAACCAUAGUGAAGGAGUUCUUCAAUAACAAUCGCACCCUUAGGUAUGUUGCUUGUUCCAGAUACAAGUCCGCGAGUGGGGAUGGUGUCGACCAGAGUCGACUUGCUGUUAACUUGUAUACCGACAUCUUCUUCUUCACACCCGGCGUAUUGACGCUGAACGCACAUGUUGGUGGCAUUGGACGUACUUACCAGUGGCUGUUAUCUCGAAAGAGCAAGUACGGUUUCGGUUUUCCAUAUCCCAAAUGGUUUACUGGAGCAGGUCACGCUGGGGAGGUAGCCUUCCUGUUCGGGAUAAUACGAUACCCAGACAUCGGUUCCUUAGACAAAAACCUGGCGGAACAGAUGAUGUCUUACUGGUCCAACUUUGCAAGGACAGGAAACCCCAACACAGGGCUAGCAGUGAAGGUCCAGUGGCCAGAAUACAAUGUCCAAGAUGGCCGUUAUAUAAGUCUGAACACAACGAUAAGUACUGAAGAGAGACUAUACAAAGACAGAGUGGACUUUUGGGCAUCCGUGUUGCCGAAGGCGUAAUAUCACCACAUCUCAAUUAUUCUCCACCCUGUCUAUUAUGUUCCUUUAUAAUUGUCUAAUUGUGUCUUUCCAGUACACCUAUUCCUGCCUGAUAUUGCAAAACAAUAGCUGUACGUCCUUCUCCGCUCCAACCACGAAUUAACACUAAUUAUCAACAUUGCGCUCUAUAUUAUGCCCCCUCUUCCACCUAACCACAAACACGCCAAUUCUGACCCUCCGUGCUAUUGUUGUGCUCACCACACCCAUUAUCGGCUGUCCGUGCAAUUGUUGUGCUCACCACACCCAUUAUCCGCUGUCCGUGCUAUUGUUGUGCUCACCACACCCAGUAUCGGCUGUCCGUGCUAUGUACCCACGAGGCCUAUCCUCUCUUGUUUGCUAUACGUUCAUAUAUAGGUGCUACAAAACUUAUCCGGAACAACAAGGAAAACAGAAUUAAUUGUUAUAUGAUAUAACUACUUCACAAGAAAUAACGCUUAUUUUCAACACACCAUUUUACUA